AUGAGAGCAGUCACUCAAUACAGAAAUGGAGGAACGAUCAUAGAAAUGCUCACCGAAGAAGACGCAACACACCUCAAACAACCCGAGAACAAAGAGGAAUUCAUCAAACAACUAGAUCCAAAGGCAACAUUCAAAGAGAGGGCUUACCCGGUAAUUAUUCAAUUUGCUCCACUAAAAUUCGAUCCAGAUGAUGCAGACCAACUCCGGGUCUUAGAACACGAGAACAACUGGGAACACGAUACGAUCACCAUGGCAAGAUGGGUAAAACCACCAAACAAACGAACUAAUCAUCAACAGGUAGCGCACAUAAUGCUAACAAUGAAGGACCCAAAAUCAGCAAAC